AUGGCGACACUACCUGCACUCGCGCCAUCUGCUUCACGUGGCUCUAAGCAUGAGCUCUCAUAUGCAUCUCCUCUGGUCAUCCAAAUGCGUGGAGAGCUACCGGACAGAGAAUCUCUCGAGAGACAUGACGGUAAGCGCCGAAGUGGGGAUUUCAACGAUGAGGAAGGCAAACUUGGGGAUGAUGGACGCAAGCGUCGCUCUUGGGGAAGUAGCGACGAUGAAGGCCGAUUGACCCAUGACAACCUACACAAUGAGGAUCUUCGCGUCGGGGGGCCAUAUUUGUGCUCCCUUCCUACAGCGAACAUACCCGUCCCCAUAAAUCAUGUUAAAUUCCGGUCGACGUGUCUCGAAACGGAUGAAGGUUGGGAACUUGGGCAGAAAAUCCUCAACAUCAUCGACAAGUACCAUAUCAACCAACACGGUGUCAGUCUUAGGUUUUCUUUCUUCGGUAGGCAGUCUAUUAUCGACCCCGAGCCACAGCCCUGCUUGACUCUUUACAUCCCGGCAAAGAGAGGGACAGUGGACGACACUUGUCUCCAAUGCGUAAGAGAGCUACGAGGUCUCUUGAUUAGCAAUAACCUUGCUUCUUGCUCGGUAGAAAUUGUAGACCCCAUAGUUUUCACGCCGAUGAAUACCUACCCUGUUCUCCAAAAAGACAAAGUAUUCUGGGAAUGGGAGCCUCUCCUGAAGGAACUUUUAGUUCGAUUGGACCUAACUUCAAUUCGAUUCAUUGGAUGCUUCCGACGUGGCAGAGGCCCCACGCUCCUGGAUUGUUCACCAACCCUGUUAAUACUGGUCGAUCGCAGCCAAGACUGGACUGAAACCCGGGAGAAAGUGGUUUCUAUUCUGAAGAAGCGGCGUCUCCAAAUGCUGGCUGUUGAAAUUGUUAUGGAUAGGCCGGUGUAUCAGGCGGGCCGCAAAGGGAUCAGCACUGGCCUUCUCGAAGGACUUCUGAAGAAUGAUGGCCGAACCAUGGCAACCGAGUCCAUUGCUUCAUCUCGAAACCAUGACAGUAGUGGCACUCUGGGGUGUUUCCUGAAUCUCAAACACCCAUCCUCUGAUGAGUGGAGGACCUUUGCUUUGACUUGCUGGCAUGUGGUGGUCCCCCCUUUCGCUGGUCUCUCCCAACGGGAUAAAGAGCUAAUCGAGAACUGGAACAAAAAUGGUAUCCAACCAACCCCAACCAUCGCCAACACGGAUAUUAACCGCCUGCUUGGCGUCGAUCACCCAACUCGACUUGCUUACAGAGAAGGCGUAUCGAUGAUGGAGGAGGUAAUUGAAGAAACUGAAGCCGAGGAGCAGUAUCGGAUGUGGCAACAACUUGAACGAGAUGAUGCACUCGACAUGCUCAGUAGCAACCAUCGCCGGGGCUAUGAAAAGAUCAAGUCUGAUAUCAACCAGCAAAAAGACGAGCUUCAGACCCUCCAUGAUCGUUUUAAAAAUGGCCAUCAACUGCUUGGACACGUUUUUUCUGCCUCUGGUUUCAAGCGGAAGAACUUUGGCCUUGGAAAAGAUGGUGAAAAUUAUUCUACCAAUCUUGACUGGGCCCUUGUUCACUUAAUUCCUGCUCGCCAGCCAUCCAACGAGUUCUUCGACCAAAUAACCCGUGGUAUCCCCGAGAGUUUCGCCCGCGUUCGAUUCUACAAAGCCUAG